AGGGGGAACCAGCUUCAAUCCUCUCAGUCUCUGUCUGUCUGUCUGUCUGAGAGGCUGGUCAAAGUUCACAGUCGGGUCCUCUGAUUGGCUGACAGGGCUGAGGGAGGCUGUGACGGACAGCAGGUGUUUACAUAUAGAGCUUCUCUGCAGCCCGACUCUCCAUCUGCUCCAACAACACAUCCUCCACCUCUGCAGCACAGUGGUGCAGAUUAUCUUUGCACCAGUAGAGGACGCCAAAGUACCGACCAUGUCUACAGACACAGCCGACUCUCUGCCCUCCAUCUGCGCCAGCAUGAGUCCUAAAAAUGUCGUUUUCAAGAAGAUCUGCAAAGACAAGUCGGUUGGAGUCUACAUGGGGAGAAGAGACUUCAUUGACCACGUCGACUCAGUGGACCCAGUUGACGGCGUCGUCAUCAUUGAUCACGAGGCUCUGCAGGGGAGAAAAGUGUUCGUCACCCUGUCUUGCACCUUCCGGUACGGCAGGGAUGACAUGGACGUGAUCGGCAUCGCCUUCCGCAGGGAGCUGUACCUGUCGACCCGCCAGGUGUACCCGCCUCUGCAGGAUCGCGAGAGGUCGAUCCACACCAAGAUACAGGCCAGACUGCUGCGCAAGCUGGGAGACAACGCCCACCCGUUCUUCUUUGAGUUUCCUGAUAACCUGCCUUGCUCAGUGGCCCUCCAGCCAGCACCUAAUGACGUUGGCAAGCAAUGUCUUGUGGAGUUUGAGAUAAAAGUGUUCAGCGCCGAGAGCCAAGACGCCAAAAUCAAAAAACGGAGCUCCGUGAAGCUGAUGAUCAGGAAGGUCCAGUACGCUCCAGAGAGCCAGGGAGUGCCGCCCUCUGUGGAAACCACCAAAGUCAUGUCGGACAAACCGCUUCAUGUCAAGGCCAGUCUGGACAAAGAGCUCUACUACCACGGCGAGGUCAUCCACGUCGACGUCUGUGUCGCAAACGAAACCCACAAACACGUGAAGAACAUCAUCCUCUCAGUGGAUCAGAUUGCCAAUGUGGUGUUGUACUCCAACGACAGCUACUCCAAAUCCGUGGCCAUCGAGGAGGCUGGGGAUUCAGUGUCUCCUGGGGCGACGCUGCACAAAGUCUACAAGCUGCUGCCUGUGCUGGCCAACAACUUGGAGAGGCGUGGCAUCGUUUUGGACGGUAAACUGAAGCACGAAGACACCAACCUGGCAUCCUCAAGCAUCAUCAAGGAGGGCGUGCUGAAGGAAGUUCUGGGGAUAAUGGUGUCAUACAAAGUCAUGGUGAAGGUCAUCAUUGGAGGGAUGAUGGGAUCCAGUGAGGUCGGCCUGGAAAUUCCCUUCAAACUGAUGCAUCCUAAACCUGAAGCAGAGAAGGAGAGUGAGACGGAGGACGAGAUGGAGUUCCAAGAGUUCAAGCGCUCCAACGUAGGCGGGAUGAAGGACGAUGAGGAAGAAGAUGGAAACGUGUCGGGCGGUGAAGACAUGGCGCCCAAAGAGAAAUAGAGGAGAGAGUCACAGGCGGCCGAGCCUCAGAGAUUGUGCUAGACAAAAGAUGAGACUCGUUCAAAGGACCAUGUCUGUGAUUUUGCAUGUUUUAGCAGAAAGCUCGUAUGUAGAGAUCAUCAUCAGGUCUUUUGUACAGUAGCACUCGUGACACACAAUACACUAUAUGGACAAAAGUAUUGAGACGCCUGACCAUUACACCAACAGGGACAUGUAUUCAAAUACAUAUACUUUAAUAUGGAGUUGGCCCCCCUCCAUGUGUCCGUUCAUUCUGUAGAGCGUUUAUGAGGUCAGGCAGGCUCUAUGCAGGCCGGUCUUCAAACCAUGUCCUUAUGGACCUUUGCUGUGUGCACUGGGGCACAGUCAUGUUGGAACACAACAGGGCCUUCCCCAAACAACAAGACAAGAGAGGCGUGGCCAAAUACUUUUGUCCAUGUAGUGUAUCUGACUUUGAAUUAAAGGAUGUCGUCACUGCCUGGUCCAAACUGGAGGUAAAGACUCUUCUAACUCUGGUUUGGUCCACUUUGUUCACCGGCUGGUUUUUGGACAGCCAUCCGUUUAUUCUUAGAGGGUUCUGAAUGACAGCAGACAUUUAAAUAUUAAUUUCUUAAUCUCAGAAGACACUUUACAUAUCUGCCAUGACAUAAAUUUGAUCAUUUAUUUGGCCAUAUAAUCUGCAGGUCUCACUGUUACGUUGUAACAUUUGCUCGCUAACAUACAAAGCCACGUGUGGUCCUUUAACAGAGUAAGUGACGAAUCCUUGUAACUAUUUUUAUGCUUUUUCAGUCACAGCUAAUCGCUAAAAUGAUUCAUUUAGAUGAAUCGAUGAAUUUAGAUCUGAAGUAAAAACACCCAUCCGUUCAUUGUUUCAUGUAUUUCAGUCUUUGGACAUCACGGUGAGCUUUCAUGAAUCAUUUGGGAUCGACAGUUUCUCUGGUGGAAAUGAUCAGACUGUCGUGUCGCUCGCUGUAAAAGUUCAGAUUGUAGCAGUUUGUUGAACUGUGUGGAAAUAAAACGCUGAUUGAUCCGUAAGCUGCUCUCUCUCUCUCUGUGGCUUCACAAAGAGCCACAUACACCGUGCUCAUCACUAAAAAUAUUACAGUAACGUCAUAACUGAAAAUCAACAAAUAAAUGUAAAACAUGUUUUGUUCUUUAAAGGUGAAAUCAGGAUGUUAUGAUGUGUUAUAAUCCAGCAAAUUAUCCAACAAAUGCUCAUGAAAAUAUUCUA